AUGGCCACCAAACAACCGCAAUGGCUCGAAUACGGCACCCCCACCCUCGACCGGCCCUUCGGCGUCGCCCUCUGGCCCAUCUUCAACAAGGCCUUCGAGGCAGUGCGCGGCUACCCAGCAGACGACUUCCGCUUCGUGCCCGGCGAGACGCCCAUGUCGACCAUGCAAGAGACGGCCAUUUCGCUCAUCUCCUACUACCUGAUCAUUUUCGGUGGGAGGGAGCUGAUGCGCGAACGGCAGCCGUUGAAGCUGAAUGGCUUGUUCAAGAUUCACAACUUUUACCUGACUGCUAUUAGCGGGAUACUGCUGGCGCUGUUCUUGGAGCAGCUGAUCCCGACGUUGGUGAGGGGUGGGCUCUUUCACGCCAUUUGCGACUACAAUGGUGGAUGGACGCAGCCGCUUGUGACGCUCUACUACCUCAACUACCUUACCAAAUACCUCGAACUCAUCGACACCGUCUUCCUCUUCCUCAAAAAGAAACCCCUCACCUUCCUGCACACCUACCACCACGGCGCCACCGCCCUCCUCUGCUACACGCAACUCCUCGGCAACACCGCCGUUUCCUGGGUCCCCAUCACCCUCAACCUCACCGUCCACGUCGUCAUGUACUGGUACUACUUCCAGUCGGCCCGCGGGAUCCGCAUCUGGUGGAAGAAGUACAUCACCAUGCUGCAGAUCAUCCAGUUCGUCAUCGACCUCGGCUUCGUCUACUUCGCCUCCUACACGUACUUCACCGCGAGUUACUUCCCCAACUUGCCGUCGGCGGGGAUCUGCGCUGGGGAGGAGUUUGCCGCGUUCGCCGGCAUGGGGAUUCUGAGCAGUUACCUGGUGCUAUUCAUCGGAUUUUACGCAUCCACCUACAAGAAGCCGGUCAGAAAAGGACGUGGUAGGGCCACGAGCGCGCUGGUCGAGAUGAAGGACGAGCAGGUGCCGGAUGUCAAGGAAGUCCGGAGACGGCUGUCGGCGGGACAGCAAGGUUUCACGUCGGCAAAGGAGAACGGGUUCGCGCCGAACGGACAGGCGGCUACGCCGGGGAGUGGACGCGUCACGCGGUCAAGAAAGGCUUAG